AUCCCCUGCCCUUCCGCGUCGCGCUGGCCGUCGUUGCUGCUCGCUCCGCUCUCCUGCGCCCCAGGCUCGCCGCCUUCCCGCUUCCCGGCCUCCCGCCCAGCGCCCCAGGCCCGCCACCUUCCCGCUUUCCCGCCUCCCGCCCUCAGCUGGCCGCCGCCUUCGCGCUCCCCUUUUCCUUCUCGUCUCCCGGCCCCGGACUGUCCCGUCUGCCCUGCAUCCCUGGGGCCUGGCCACCCUGCUCGCUACUUUUCUCUGACUCGCAGGGGCAGAGGACUGAAAGGAAGCGGCUUUUCCUCAGCACUAGAUGCCAGGGCCUUUCAGAUGUCAGGAGAUCAACGUGUUGACAGCUUGGCUCAAAAGAGAGGUGAUGAAGAUCACGAUGACAUCGUUGAUGCAAGGCCAGAUAGAAGUAGCAGAUUCUCACUUUUUGGAAAAAAAAAGAAGAAUGGAGAAGAAGAACAGCCAAAGUCCUCUCUCAGUAAUCAGUACCGAAUUGUUACACCCACUUUCCAGUAUAAUAUGGACUACAAGAAAGUUGGCAAAUGUAUUAUUAUAAACAACAAAAAUUUUGAAGACAAAACAGGAAUGGGUACCCGCAAUGGCACUGAUAAAGAUGCUGGAGAUCUAGCUAAGAGUUUUAGAAACUUAGGUUUUGAUGUUUACACCUACAACGACCGAAGCCGUGAUGAUAUGGAAAAAUUAUUGAAGCGAGCUGCUGAGGAGAACCACAGUGAUGCCGCUUGUUUUGCCUGUAUCCUUCUAAGCCAUGGGGAAGAAGGCCUCAUCUAUGGCACUGAUGGACCCAUGGCUAUCAAGAGUUUGACUGCGCUAUUCAGAGGAGACAAGUGUAAAAGCCUUAUAGGCAAACCCAAAUUAUUUUUCAUUCAGGCAUGCAGAGGUUCUGAAUUUGAUGAAGGUAUACAAACUGACUCUGGGCCUGCAAAUGACACUCUGGAAACAGAUGCCAAUCCAAGAUACAAGAUCCCAGUAGAAGCAGAUUUUCUGUUUGCAUAUUCGACAGUUCCAGGUUAUUACUCCUGGAGGAAUCCUGGAAGAGGCUCCUGGUUUGUGCAGUCUCUCUGCUCUGUGCUAAAUGAGCAUGGAAAACAACUUGAAAUCAUGCAGAUCCUCACACGGGUCAACUAUGUGGUUGCCACGAAUUUUGAAUCACAGUCUGAUGAUCCACGUUUCAGUGAGAAGAAGCAGAUUCCCUGCGUGGUCUCUAUGCUCACUAAAGAACUUUACUUCUGAAAGUGUAUUGUCAGAAUAUGGUUUUGGGUGGAGAUUUGAUUGUAAACUGGAGCAAUACAGUUUUAACAACAGAAAUGUAACUACACUAGGUUUUUUAUAUUGUAUAAGCUGGGGUAUCUGAUGGAUGGACAAUGUGCAAGUAUGCAAGAUUUUAAAGAAGAAAUAAAUGCUGUGGGCCAACCUGGCAGCUAAUGCUAAUUAUGGCAUCUUGAUUUCCCUUAGUGUGGUUGUCAUGGUUUAUGGAUACUGAAGAUGUUCUGAGAGUCAGCUACCUGACCCAUUCAGGUUUAUUCCAGAAAACAGAUUCUAAAUUAAAAAAAAAAAUAAGCCUGGUGAUUUCAUCUUUACUUUCACUACUAGCUCAUGGAACCAUAACUUCCUUGGAAGUAUUGGGCAUAUGUCCAGUGAUAAAAGUUUGUACCUAUUUAAAAGGAUUUUUACCUGAUACAUUAAUUUCCUUUUUAUGAACAUUAUAAAUGAAGACUAGUGGUUACUCUGUGCUCAAUCUGGAAAUCAGUUACUUAGCACUCUAGUGUAAGAUGGAUAAACAAACCCUCAGUAUUUGUAGGUGAUUUACCUGAAUAGUAUGGAAAUGUGACAAACAGAAGAAUCAAAACGAAAAUCUUGGUGAAGGAUUGGCAAACUGUAAUUGGGUGAUGCCUUAUUAAAGAGGCAUUGUAAAGAUUGACAAUUAAGGGAUAGAACAGCCUGGAACAGGUAUUGCAGUUUUACUGCUCGUAGAAAUAAAAAUGUCUGCUUAUUGAUUCAGAUGUUUUUAACCAACAGAAUGUUAAUGCCAAGGUGCUGUUCUAAAACAUAAAGAUUUAAUGUUGAAAUGAUCAAGCUGUAUGUUCCAGUAACAAAUAUAUGUUUAGUUAUAACUUCUAUUUGUGAUGAGUUUUGCAAAGACUGGAAAUAAUUACUUGAAUCAGAAACCAGAAGUGCCUUUUUAGUUUCUGUAGGGUCUUCAUUUUCUAUUUUGGAGUUAUGUCAGUGAUGUUUAUAUUCUUACUUUUUAUAUUCUCUUUACAGUUGGUAGCUAGCUCAAAAAAGAAACUUUAAUGGUUUGGAUAAACUGAUAAAGCCUUUUCCCACUUAAUGUACUCUUUUGAAAUCUUUUAAAACAAUAAGUGCGUGCCAUUAAAGCCAAGUUACCAAAUUAUUAAGUUUAUUUUCUUACAAAUACUGUGACAUACUGGGGCAUAUAUUUUUUU